AUGUCAGCCUCCUCUGGUUCCCAUAGGCCCAUCAAGGGGAUUCUGAAGAAUAAGGUAUCAUCAGUUUCUUCAAUGGAGGCUCCAGUUCAGCAACACGGAGAGAAAAAUGCCAAGGAAGGACAAUGCAAAAAAUCCCAGAAGUGGGAUGAGGCCAGCAUCUUGUCAACAUCUUACUGUGACUACAACUUAAAGAAAGUGAACGAGCCAGUGAAUCCUUAUCUAGAGAUGCAAGAUGACGGGGAAGAUCUAAUCAAACCAGAUGGAAAGGAAGCCUUGACUCCGGACAAGUUAGCAGAAAAACUAGCCGCCAUGAAAACAUUUGGGACCCGCCAUCAGAGGAAAGACUCUGAGAACAGCCGAGCACAUUCCAACAAACACCUCUUGACCAAAGUAGAGAGACAGCGGCAGUUCGAGAUGAGAAGAAAACUUAACUGCAGCGAAGGAUUUAACAUACAGUUAGCAAGACAACUGAUUCUGGAGGAGCUUCAAGCUGAAGUUGAGGAAGAUGGAAAACAACACUCUACCACCACUUCAUGA